AGAGGUCUUUAUAAGCUUCCUUGUCGCGAGGAUACAGCUCAUCCCACUCUCAUUCACAAGCACCACGAUAAUCAUGGUUGGAAUAACGAACGGCUUGACUCCAAGCACGAAUGGCAGCACUCAGAAGCACAACGGGUCGACAUGGGGUUUCGCGACCAGAGCGGUUCAUGUCGGCUCCGAGCCAGACAGCCACACCGGCGCUGUCAUCCCUCCUAUCUCCCUGAGCACAACCUUCAAACAAGACGGCGUCGGGAUCCACAAGGGCUUCGAGUAUUCUCGAUCGCAAAACCCAUCGCGGGCUGCGCUGGAAGCCAUGCUUGCCUCAAUAGAGAUCGGUGGAGCUGACGCCCUCGCUUUUUCGUCUGGCAGUGCUGCGACGGCUACCGUAAUACAAGCCAUGGGUACGGACGCUCACAUCAUCGCUGUCAGCGAUGUCUAUGGAGGCACAUGGCGCUAUAUGAAACGGGUCGCGGAAGAGCUAUCCGGACUACAGGUCGAUUGGAUAGAUCCUGAAGGCAGUGUGGACCAGAUCCGCGCGGCUUUGAAGCGCAAUACCAAGCUCAUUUGGCUGGAAUCACCGACAAAUCCUCUGCUUCUCUUGCCGUCAUUGCCAGAAAUAUCUGCACUGCUGUCUGAAAUAUACUCUCAAGACAAUGACGUGAUUGCAGGCCAGAACUUCCCCACAACACGGCCGCUGGUGCUCGUAGACAGCACAUUCUCAUCGCCGUAUUAUGCAUCGCCACUGCUCCCUAUCCAAUUGGACGACGGAAGCACUCUACCGGGAGCGGAUAUCGUCUUGCAUUCGCUGACCAAGUAUAUCAACGGCCACUCCGAUGCACUACUUGGUGCUGCCAUCCUCCCCCCCUUCUCCCCUCUUCUGUCCAAGUUGACCUUCCUGCAAAAUGCACACGGUGCCGUUCCCUCUGCGUUUGACUGUUAUCUCGCCCAGCGAGGUGCCAAGACUCUGCAACUAAGGAUGCAGGCGGCUGGCUCAUCUGCGUUGCGGCUCGCCCAAGUGCUACAAAAUCAUCCCAUCGUCGAGGAAGUCAUCUACCCGGGCCUCGCCUCUCACAGGCGCCAUGCCGUUGCCUGGCGUGCUUUGAGUCCACACGCUCGGCGGUGGAUUCAAAAGCAGUAUCCCGACGUCGGUGCGAACGGCGAAGGCGAUUUCCCGUACAGUGGAAUCGUCAGCGUCAGAUUGCGGACGGAACCACAAGCCCUGAAGUUUCUGGCUGAGUUGCGAAUCUUCACGCUUGCUGAAAGUCUCGGUGGCGUCGAAAGCUUGGCGGAACAUCCUGCUCAGAUGACUCAUGCCACUAUUCCCAAGGCGGAACGCGAGGAACGUGGAAUCACAGGAGGACUAGUUCGGAUGAGUGUCGGUGUAGAAGACAUUGAGGAUUUGAUCCAUGAUGCCCAGAAGGCACUAGAUGUGGCCGCAUCUCUGUAGCAUAAUGAUUUCGUCUAUAGCGUGUUAUCAUACGCUCAUAGAUUAGAGUAGUCAGACAUCCAAAAGAACGCAAUGAAUCAGCCGUGUACCUUCGCACAU